AUGCGACCGGCGAGGCCAGGCGUCCCGGUGCCCGCGCUGCUCCUGCUGGCCCUCGUCCUGACCCCGCGAGGGACGCAGGGGAGGCCCGGGGGCAGCAGGGGAGCGCACGUCGCGGGCGAGGAGCCGAAGCCGUCCCUUCCCGCGGCCCCUCGGAGCGCAGAAAUAUUCCCAAGAGAUUUGAACUUAAAAGACAAAUUCAUCAAGCAUUUCACAGGGCCAGUCACGUUUUCAGCUGAGUGCAGCAAACACUUCCACAGGCUAUAUCACAAUACCAGGGACUGCUCGACGCCAGCUUAUUACAAAAGAUGUGCUAGAUUGUUAAAGAGACUAGCAGUGAGUCCUCUGUGCUCCCAGACGGAGAAGACCUACAUGCAUUUCUUAAGAAUGUAA